AUGAACACUCUGCAUCGACGUCGCUGCCGUCGGCGUCGCGCACAUUCGGUGCUGUCGUGUGAUCACUGGAAUGAGACUUCUCGACAGACCCAAGCUCGCCAAGCCAUUGAUGCCGAGCGUCACGCGGCUCAAAGAGCUGCCGAGACCUCUCAACAGUCCCAAGCUCGCCAAAUCAUUGAUGCCGAGCGUCACGCGGAUCAAAGAGCUGCUGAGACUUCUCAACACACCCAAGCUCGCCAAAUCUUAGAUGCUGAGCAUCAAGCUUCGUACAUAGCCGGAGAGACCUCCGAAGAAACACGUAGACGACGAGCGGCAAAGGAGACACACUGUGAGGCACUCAAGUGGAAGGAAGAGAGCCUAGGUAUGUGCUGUUCUGGAGGCAAAGUAUCAAUACCAACGCUUGGUGAUCCCGAGGAGCAACGACAGAAGAAAGGACAGCAAUGA